AGAAGAAAAUGCCAGAAGUUAAAGAAGUCACAAAGAAAGGCAGAGGAGAGAGGAGAAUACGGAAAUUGGACGAGGAAAUCCGCGAGGGAAUGUCGAGAGUGUCUCUUGGUAUUUGCAAUCGGGGAGAGAGUACGGAGGAAGUAAGACUAAGGAGGAGUUGAAGAAUCUGUCGAUACCCUGUACAUGUAACGCGUUUCAUGCAACGAUGAGAACGGUGCUGGUCGGGUUAUGGCUUUCUUGAGUUUGAGCCUGAGGCCUGCUGUACCGCUGCUGUGUAGCUUGCCUCCUUUUCUUCGAAUUUCGACGGCUUCUGCUGUGGCAUUCCCUUCGAGAAAAUCGACUGUAGCGAAAACUUUCACAAAAUUCUUUUGCUCCUCCCUAGUUCCUGCGAACAGAAUUAGCGUGCUCGGAGACUUGCCCAGAGUCCUCGCCGUUGCCCAAUUGAGCACGGAGGUUACGCAAGCGAGCUUCCAGCAGUCUCGCCCAACCACCAUGGCACAUGUGGUACGGGACAGAGUGCAGCUCACAGAUUUGGAAGAGCGAAUCUUCAAUAUCUUGACUGCCGUCUUGGAAAAAUUUGACUUGAAAACUCAGCUUCGUGUGGCUGGAGGUUGGGUUCGUGACAAGCUCCUUGGGAAAGAUUCUACUGAUAUUGACAUCGCACUCGAUGACAUGCUUGGACGGGAGUUUUGUGAGAAAGUAAAUGAGUACCUUGCGUCCCUCGGGGAGGAGACGCACAGUGUUGGUGUAAUAAUGAGCAACCCAGACCAGUCCAAACACCUGGAAACGGCCAACAUGCGAAUCUUGGGAAUGUCAAUUGAUUUUGUGAAUCUACGUGCUGAGACUUAUGCUGACAACAGCCGCAUCCCUCAAAUGGAGUUUGGUACACCCGAGCAAGAUGCCCUCAGGCGUGAUUUGACUAUCAAUAGUCUUUUCUACAAUAUCAAUACAAGGGAAGUGGAGGACUUUACAACGAGAGGCAUACGAGAUCUGAAAGCGGGGGUUAUCAGCACUCCAUUACCUCCAGAAUCAACAUUUUUGGAUGAUCCUCUACGCGUGUGUCGCGCAAUCCGUUUUGGUGCUCGGUUUCAAUUUGAGUUAGAUGAAGAGUUGAAGAAAGCAGCCGCCAGUGAAGCAGUGAGAAACGCUUUGAACAAUAAAGUCAGCAGGGAACGAGUCGGACACGAGGUUGAGCUUAUGUUGGGUGGUAACAAACCCGAACAAGCAAUGGAGUACAUUGAAGAUCUAAAUCUUUUCUCCACUGUAUUUCGUAUCGAUGCAAAUUCGAAACCCGACCCGUCGAUUCCGGAGAAUUAUGGAAGGUUGUGCGUCGAUACAUUACGAGCUGCUACCAAAGUGUUACAAAAGUACAAGAGUUCCGAUCAGCUGAAUAAAGCUCAAAGGCAAAUAUGCUUACUUGGAGCCUUGUUCCUGCCCCUUCGAUCAUGUACCUGUUCGGAGAAGAAAAAGAAGAUUCCAGUGUCAACUCACAUUAUUAUGAAGUCACUGGUGCUCAAAAACAAGGAUGCUGCCGGGGUAGAAAUUCUUUUUAAUUUUGCUAAGGAGUUCAAACUGGUGAGCGAAAAGAUUCUCCAAGCUGAGUCAGACGAUUCAGCAGAUACGAAGGAGUCUAUAUACAGAGAAGAUCCCGAUUUAGCAGCGAUUUCCAAGCACAGAGUGGAGCUAGGUCUGCUUUUGAGAAAGAACAAGGAGCUGUGGCGUUGUACCUUAUUGCUGUCAUCUAUCAUGGAGCUUCCUUCAGUUACUUCGCAAGCGCACUCAGCAAUGGUUGCAUUGUCUGUAGACAAUGAGAGGUGGAUUGAGGAGAAAGUAAAGAUGUGCAAUCUGGUGGAAGACACUGUUAACAAACUGGGACUCACGAAAAUUUGGGAAGAAAAGCUAGUGCUAGAUGGCGAUGCAAUCAAAGAAGCACUGAAUCUGUCCCCAGGAAAGCAAGUUCAGGAAUGGAAGGAUAAAGUGUUGUUGUGGCAGCUCGCACACCCUAAAGGCACAACAGAGGAGUGCCUCGGGUGGCUUCAUGAAGAAAAUGUAAAACGACUGAAAGUUUGAUGUACUCUUACCUGGCGAAGCUGGCGUUACCACGCUUCGAAGUUGGAGGAUUUAUUUCAGUUGUCUUAGCGAGCUAAGUACCUAAUCAGAACCAUACAUGGAGAGGAGGAAGCGGCAAGGGCAUCGGAUUGCCAGACUAAGGCUAGCUUGGGAAUAGAGACGGGCAGAUUCCCGUAUUGGUUGACCAGAGUUUAGGAACUUCUACCCGAUAGUUGUUGCAGGGCCGUAUUUGUAUAUGAACUACACAAAUUGCUCCUGUUAGGAUGUCCUUGCUUAGCGACAGUCGUGUGGUCCGGAUAUGUGAACUCGUUCGAGCUUUUAGUCGUUGUCGAUAAAAUGAGAUGAAGAAGAAACUAAUACAAGAUUUAUGUCUCGAUUCUUCGCCCGGGGGGUUCAGAAAAAAAGUGAAACAAGUACUCAGGAACUGUACUACGGUUGUAUCACGAGGGGAACAAGACAUCCAAAAUUGACACAGUAACCAUACUACGCCCAUCACUGACAAAGAAAGAGCAUGUUUAAGUUGUGUUUCUGAAAAGCAGCCUCAUGCGGGACCUCAAAGUUACAAAUUCGGACUUUGUUGGAUGGAUCUGUGAAAGGUUUGUAGAGAAGUGGUUUGGUAGGUAUUGCUAUUGAAGUACAGUACCUAGCAGUUCUCCUCCAACGGUGAGAGAGCUAAAGCCCUCUCCUUUUCGUCGACCUUCAAAAUCCGAAAGAUUUUCCAUCACCGAAAUGC